GCCAUAGUAGGAUUCGUAAAUUUGCCUCCUGGACGACAAUAUUGACAAACGCUGUAAAUCCAUAUGUAGUAGUUACACAGUCUGGCAGCAGCAGGUCCGACUGCAGAGGAGAGCAGUGACCGCAGGAACAGCAGCAGUUUCUCCCAGGUUCGUCUCUCAGACGGAGCUUUCAUGUUCGAGCCAUGGUCUUCCUGUGGAUCCUCUCCUGCUUCGCCUUCGCCGGUGCCGCCUACGCAGUGGGUGUUGAGCAGCUCUGGAGGCAGAAAUACCUGCAGAAAGCAACAGGAGGAGAGAGGAGAGAGACAGCUCACAGCUCCUGGUAUUCCCAGGAGAUCUCCCAUCCAAGUACUAACCAGGCCCCAUCCUGCUCAGCUUCCCACAUCACAAGAGAUCCCACGUGUGCAGGGUGGUUGCGGCACUCCCGCCAUCCCCCCCGACAUCAGCGGUUACUCUGAUAUCGUGAACGGCGAGGAGGCGAAGCCUCACUCCUGGCCCUGGCAGGUGUCCCUUCAGAAAAGCAGUGGUUCCCACUACUGCGGAGGCUCCCUCAUCAACCAGAACUGGGUGGUAACCGCUGCUCACUGUCCCGUCGGGGAGUCUGACCUUGUGGUUCUCGGAGCACAUGACCGCUCCUCCACCGAGGACGUCCAGGUGAUGAGGGUCGGCCAGGCGUUCACACAUCCCGACUACAACAGCCCCACCCGCUUUAACAACGACAUCCAGCUCAUCAAGCUGGCCAGACCCGCCCAGAUAAACAGGCGUGUUUCCCCCGUGUGCUUGGCCGAGACCAGAGACAACUUCCCCCCAGGCACAACGUGCAUGACCACCGGCUGGGGCUGGACCAGCGGCAACGGUAACCCGGCCACCCGGCUGCAGCAGGCAGCCCUCCCCCUGCUGACCAAUAGUAAGUGCAGUCAAUUCUUCGGCAUCACCUCCAAGAUGAUCUGUGCCGGAGCCAACGGAACCUCCAGCUGCAAGGGCGACUCUGGAGGUCCUCUGGUCUGUCAGAAGGCUGGUGCCUGGACUCUGGUUGGUGUCGUGUCCUUUGGAAGAGUCCCCUGCGAUACCAUGACGCCUGCUGUGUACGCCCGCGUCACAGCACUGCGCACCUGGAUAGACCGGACCAUCGCCGCCAACUGAGAGAGUUUCACUUGCUCAAAAUGAAGUUCAGCUAGCUUAGCUUAGCAUCAAGACUGGAAGGAGGAGAAAACAGCAAGCUUAGCUUAGCAUUAGACUGCAAGUAGGGGAAAACAGCUAUCUUAGCUUAGCAUAAGAGUGGAAGCAGGGGGAAACAGUUAGCUUAGCUUAGCAUAAAGACAAACAGACCACAUGUCAAAAGUUUAUUAAAGUAAGACGUCACCAGGAAAGUGACUUUAUUUUUAUACUACAGAAAUCUGAAAGGCUUUCUCUGCUGAAGCAAUUAUAAAUAAAUAAACCUAUAAAAAUGUAUUUUCUUUGUUUUAACGAGACAUUUACAGUUUGUGUUUUCCCUUUAAUAAAGCAUCAAUCUUA